GCUGCACCGGGAGCAGAGUUGCACUGUCAUGCUGAUGUCGAAACCGGCCGCCGACGUGGAACGGUGCCAAUACGCGCCCUGCGUCACCAGUGGACGCCUGGAAAGGUCGGCUUGGCGCGGUGCAAACAAAAGUCUCCAAUUGUUGUUGUUGUUUUCUCAUAGCGCAUUUUGCUUCAACCCGCUGGCGCACGAAGGAGCGAAAAAGUUCCAAGACCGAUUCCGUCCGGCGGUGUCGUGAGCCGCUGUUUCUGCGCACAAUUUCCGCACAUGGACCAGGAGUCAUAAACACACCUCACCCAGUCAAAGCAGGAAACCUCGAAAUGAACCAGGAAACUCACAGGUGGAGAACUGACAGCAGUUUUGGGAUGCCUGUCCAUUCGUUGAUCUGAUAUACUCAACCACCGAGAGAUGAAAGAACAAGCUCAUCUGUAUGGGCAAAGUGGAGCAGUGUUGGCGUCUAAGUGAUUCUGUCCUGACAGCUUUCUCUGGAUUAUUCAAUGAUGCCCGUUCAGCCUGAGAGGGUCCCCUGCCAUGAUGGCCUUCCAACCAAACUGAAAAAAUAUAGCUCUCUGUCUCCCAGUGACCUCCAGCUGUGUCUGUAUUUCCUAAUGACACGAGGUUGGGUGUAAACUCUUUGCUCGUCCCCGUUCUGCAACCCACCCCGCGUAACCACAUCCCUGAGGCCUCAGAGAAUGCUAUGUCCAAGGAAGAAAAGGCCUAUUAAGGAUGAGGAUUUCUCAGCCAUCGCAGUGCCCUCCAUGAAGGGCCACGGUUACCUUGACUACACCAUCGAGAGUCACCCUUCGCGAGCCUUCGCGCUCAUGGACGAACUCCGCCACCACGGGCUGCUCUGCGACCUGGUGCUCCACGUGACCUACAAAGACACGGUAGUGGAUUUCAAGGUACACAAACUUGUGUUGGCUGCCUGCAGCCCCUACUUCAAGGCCAUGUUCACCAGCAACUUCCGGGAGUGCCAGGAGUCAGAGGUGACCCUACGGGACGUGUGCCCACAGGUGAUCGGCCGGCUGGUGGACUUCGCCUACACGUCACGCAUCACGGUGGGCGAGACGUGUGUGAUGCACGUCCUGCUGACCGCCAUGCGCUACCAGAUGGAGGACGUGGCCAAGGCCUGCUGUGACUUCCUCAUCAAGAACCUGGAGCCGUCCAACGUCAUCGGCAUUGCCCGCUUCGCCGAGGAAAUCGGCUGCGUGGAGCUGCACCAACGUAGCCGCGAGUACGUCAACACGCACUUCAGCGAGGUGACCAAAGAGGAGGAGUUCUUCAGCUUGUCCCACUGCCAACUGCUGGAGCUGAUCAGCCAAGACAGCCUGAAGGUUCUGUGCGAGACCGAAGUGUACAAAGCCUGUAUCGACUGGGUGCGCUGGGACGUGGAGGGCCGGGCCCAGUACUUCCACGCCCUGCUCAAUGCCGUGCACAUCUACGCCCUGCCGGCCAAGUUCCUCAAGCGGCAGCUGCAGUCAUGCCCCAUCCUGAGCAAGGCCAACUCCUGCAAGGACUUCCUCUCCAAGAUCUUCCAGGACAUGACCCUCCGCAAGCCGCUGCCGCCGCCGCCGCACCGUGGCACACAGCUGAUCUACGUGGCCGGCGGCUACCGGCAGCACUCGCUGGCCUCCAUGGAGGCGUUUGACCCACGGCGGGGGGCCUGGCUGAAGCUGGAAGGGAUGGCCUCGCCCUGCAGCGGCCUAGGUGCCUGCGUGCUCUUUGGCCUCUUCUACGCCGUGGGCGGACGCAACCUCUCGCUGGAGAGCAACGUGGACUCGGCCGAGUUGUUCUGCUACAACCCGAUGACCAAUCAGUGGACGCAGCUGGCCUCGCUCAACACGGCCCGGAACAGGGUGGGUGUCGGCGAGCUCGAUGGGAGCAUCUAUGCAGUCGGGGGCUCGCAUGGUUCCACACAUCACAACACUGUAGAGAGAUACGAUCCAGAGGCGAACAGGUGGACGUUUGUGUCCCCCAUGUCGGUGGCUCGCCUGGGGGCGGGUGUGGCAGCGUGUUGCGGGGCGCUCUACGUGGUGGGCGGCUUCGACGGCGAAAACCGCUGGAAGACGGUGGAGCGUUACCAGCCGGACACCAACACCUGGCAACACGUGGCACCUAUGAAUACCGUGCGGAGCGGUGUCGGAGUGGUGUGUAUGGAGUCCUGCCUCUACGCAGUGGGUGGUUACGAUGGCCACACACAGCUACACACCGUGGAGAGGUACAACCCCACCCGAGAUGUCUGGGAGCCUGUGGCGUCCAUGUCCCACUGCCGCAGUGCACACGGAGUCACCGUCUACCAGCGCCGACUCUUCGUGUUCGGUGGCUUCAACCAGGGUGGGUUCGUGUCCAGCGUGGAGUGCUACUGUCCGGUCAGCAACCAGUGGACAUAUGUGACGGACAUGCCUGUGGGGCGUAGCGGAAUGGGCGUGGCUGUAACCAUGGAGCCCUGCCCGGGCUGCUUACUGGAAGAGGAAGAAUUGUGACGGGUCUUUUGAAUGUAGUUUGACACGCCCUCAAAGUCCACCCAGUGCCCAAUCAGGCCAGGUGGCAUAGGAACUGCUUUGCCCUAGAAAACAAUUCCCUCAUGAAGAUUUCAGACAGUUUCAGCGCUGCAGUAUUUUAAGAGAGUUCACUGGUCACAGUGUGUUUGUGUGUUUUAAUUUAGAAAGCAAUCAGUGUACUCCUGAAAUGAUUCUCUAAUGAGAAUACACCGCCUCUCAGACGUAUGUUAACUCAAUGCCUGACUGCAGAAGUCCUUAUCAAUUUGUUCUGUAUACCUGUUUUAAAAAAAUUUAAAGUUCAUAUGGACUCGAAUUUUUGCAUGUUUUUACUUGGACCAUCCUGUGCAAACAGGAGAUAUCUGUGAUCUUUUUUUUUUUCUGAAGAGACAUUGAGCCCAAUUGAAAAUCUCAUAUUUUAUGAGGUGUAGUUUUAUUCUUGACCACUAGGUGGAGGGCUAUGACUUCCGGAAUAGAAGCACUUUUAACACAGGAUUAUGGAAAGUGAAUGUCCAAAGGUUCAAUGUGGGGUUGUUGGGGGUUUUUUGUUUUUUGUUUUGUGUGUGUUUGUUUUCUUUUGUUUUGCUUUUUGUAUCAAUACAAUACAUUUUAAUCAAUAAUUAAUUCAUUAAUAAUCCAUUAAUGAUGUUCACUGGCUCUAAUAUAUCUUCAAUAAAUUUUUUAAACCCCA